UUUCUACCAAACCAAAAAUAACACAGCACACACACACACCUGAGAGUGAGAGGGGGAGAAAUAUGGUGAAUCGUCGUUUUGCUCAGGCGCCGACCAGUGACGACGAGGACGAUUCGCCGCCACCGCUGCCGCCGCCGCGUCGCAGCCCAACCCGCGACGGAAACCUAGGGAAAAGGAAGCGCAAAUUGGUACGCUUCUCGGACGAGGACGAAGAUGAGAAAGAUAUUGUGGAAGCGAAAGUGACCGAGCAGAAGAAUAAGAAGAAUAAGAAGAACAAAAAGAGCAGCGAGGAAUCCGAUCCGGAAUCGGGGAGCGAGAAUGAGGAGCAGGAGGAUACGCCGGCGCAGCCCUUGGGUUCGGUGAUUAGGGUUUCGGGCAAAGGCAGAGGGAGGAAGAAUCAUUACGAAUCAUUCGAGUACAACGGCAAUCAGUAUUCGCUCGAGGAUCCAGCAUUCUUCCAACCCGAGAAUGAGAACCAGAAGCCGUACGUGGCCAUAAUUAAGGACAUUGUUCAAAACGGGCGAGGGGAAUUGGUGAUAACUGGGCAGUGGUUCUAUCGUCCAGAGGAGGCAGUAAAAAAAGGGGGCGGAAAUUGGGAGUUAAUUGAUACGAGGGAACUGUUCUAUAGUUUCCACAGAGAUGAAAUAGCUGCAGAAUCCAUUUUCCACAAGUGCGUGGUUCACUUCAUACCUCUUCACAAGCAGAUUCCAGCUCGACAGCAACACCCAGGAUUCUUUGUUCAAAAAGUAUAUGACACCGAGCAGCGGAAGCUCUUUAAGCUAACAGAUAAAGAUUACGAAGAGAGUAAACAACACGAGAUCGAUGUUCUUGUUCAAAAGACACUUGCACGCCUUGGAGACAUUCCGGACCUUGUGCCUGAACACGCUGACGUGGAUAAUGAAGAUCAACUGAAGAACAAGAAAUCUCUUAGGAGAACAAACAUCGCGCAUUUGGAUGUUUCUAAGGAGGAGGAUGUACGCGGACUUGGCAAAUCUCAACUACUUAAAUUAGACACUCCGAGAAAAAACACUAGUUUAUUAGAAUAUUAUGCCGUUCUUUCAAAAUUCGAUCUGUUGACUGGGGAAACAAAGCGCGACAAGUGGUUGGAUAAGCUUCUUGAAUCUAUCCAUUUCAUAUGCACUCCUCUGGGUAGUAAGCAGACUGAAGGGGAGAAAAGGGAUAGCCCAGAUAUUAAAAGUCCUGGUACUAAGGGUGAUCGUCCAAAUAACGGAUCUCUUGAUAAGACUCCCAAUGUAAAUGAUCUCGAAUCGUUUGUCUGGCCUGAUGGGGCUCUUUCUGCCAUAGCUGCACUCGAGAAAGCAGCGUAUGAUGGUCUUUCUGCCGAUUUUCAUAAGUAUCACCAAAAACUGCGGCAGUUAUCGUUCAAUCUUAAGAGCAAUGCUGCAUUAACACGUCGGCUUCUGAAUGGGGAGUUGGAACCUGCACAGGUACUGAAUAUGUCGCCUGCCGAAUUAAAGGAAGGCCUAACAGCAGAAGAAAUAGCGAGCAGGGCGCCAGAGGAGUCUGGCCACUUGCAGAUGACUGAUGCUCGUUGUAAAAGAUGCAUGGAGAAACAAGUCGGGUUGACAGAUAUUAUUCAGACUGGACUUGGAGACCGCUAUCAGUUGGAGUGUGUUGCUUGUGGGAAUACGUGGUAUGCUUCUAGAGAUGAUGCUGCCACAUUGACCAUAGAAGGACGAACUUCUUCCAAAACUGUAGGUACUGCACCGUUGCCUACUGUUGUCAAAUUUGAAGAUCCCGAUAAGAGUUUGACUAGUCCACGUGAUAACCUGAAGAAGACAACGGAAGAAUGUAUACCGGUAUUAGAUAACCAGAAAUCGUUUAACAAAACUGAGGAAAAUCCUGUCAAGGCUAAUGCUAUCUAACACAUACUCAUUUUUAUCUUCAACAAUUGCUUAUAAUUUGGCGUUUCGUUUCGUUUCGUUUGUAAGUAGGUUUAAUCUCCGUAGUUUGGCGAUUGAACCAGUGUACGUACUUCUUCAUCAACCUUGGUUUUAGAAGGGUUUGGAGGAAAAUUUAUUGUGUAGAGCUGUGAUUACUUGAUUGGUAGUAAGUUUGACUGGUUCGAA